CCCGGAAAGAGCAUGUCUGCGUCCCUGGUCGUGUGCAACGCGGCGUGCUGACCGGCCGUCACCAUGCAGUCGGACGAUGUUAUCUGGAAUACACUAGGAAACAGACAGUUUUGUUCUUUCAAAAUAAGAACAAAGACUCAGGGCUUUUGCAGAAAUGAAUAUAGUCUGACUGGGCUGUGUAAUCGGUCAUCUUGUCCCCUGGCAAAUAGUCAGUAUGCUACCAUUAAAGAAGAGAAAGGACAGUGCUACCUGUACAUGAAGGUUAUAGAGCGAGCAGCUUUCCCUCGGCGCCUCUGGGAACGGGUUCGGCUUAGUAAAAACUAUGAGAAAGCACUGGAACAAAUAGAUGAAAACUUAAUUUACUGGCCCCGCUUCAUUCGACACAAAUGUAAGCAGAGAUUUACCAAGAUAACCCAGUACCUGAUUCGAGUUAGGAAGCUUACAUUGAAGCGACGGAAGAAACUUGUUCCUUUGAGUAAGAAGGUUGAACGGCGGGAAAAACGAAGAGAGGAAAAAGCAUUAAUAGCUGCCCAGCUGGACAAUGCUAUUGAGAAGGAAUUACUGGAAAGACUCAAACAAGAUACGUAUGGCGAUAUAUACAACUUCCCCAUCCAUGCCUUCGACAAGGCCCUAGAGAAACAGGAAGCAGAGAGUGACUCUGAAGAUGAAGAAGAGGAUGAGGAGGAAGAUGAAGAGGAUGUGGGAAAAAGAGAGUUUGUAGAAGAUGACAUAGAGGAGAGUGACCUGAGUGACUUUGAGGAUAUGGAUAAACUGGAUGCUGACAGUGACGAAGACCAGGAUGCUGAAUCCUCCAGUGAAGAAGAAGUUAAGGCCAAACACAAAGGCAAAGCACCCUUGAAAGGACCUUUGCGGAAAAAACGGGCCUAUGUGGAAAUAGAGUAUGAGCAAGAGACAGAGCCCAUGGCCAAAGCCAAAACAACAUGAGUUCCCAUCACAUGUUUAUCCUGAAACAGUCAACACUUCCAACUGUGCUCUUCUGUGUUAGAUUUCAUACGGUAUUUAUAUUGUUAAUAUUUAUGUCACUUCGGUGGAGCAAAAAAUCUGGAGUGGAAAUUGUAAAGAGUAUUUUUAUAACAUGUGCUGGAACAGCUUGAGCCCAAGGAACCUAACAGAUGAGUUCCUGGAGCUGGGAAUGACACUGUGGCUCUAAAUAUUUCUAAAUUACAAAUACCAAAUUGUCCCCUCCCAAUUUCUACUUAGAAAGGUCAGCAUUUCAAUUUUUUUUUCUUGUUCAGUUUCUCUUAUGAGGAUAAACUGGAGGAGACCAAAGUUCCAACUUAAAAUGUUUAGUACAAAAAUAGAUUUUUAUGUAUAUAUCUCCAUCAUGAUCUGGGAUAGGAAGAGCAGCCUUUCCUGCUGGCCAGUCAUCUUAAGUGACAUGGCAGGGAGCAUCUGCAGAGCCCUGCUGCACUUUCCUAAUGCAGCUCACCACUGUGCUAUCUUCACAGGACAGGACAAUCUUAGCCAGAAGAACCUGAAACACAAAACCAAACAGGCAUUGAUUUUUGUAAAACCUACUGCCUUACUCUUUUUUUCGUAUACUCAAAAAAUGAGAGACUGCAUGGCACUAGGAGAGAGUGCCGCAUCAGAAAAGGUGUUACUUUAAAACCCCUAUAAGUCAUGCCCACAAGUCCCCUGGCUCUGAAGAACCUGCCCAGCUGGAAAACUGCCCAAGCAAAAGGAGCCACAGUGUUUGAAUAAACUGAAAAAGAGCAAAUAAUACUUUAGUUCUACAUGUUUUGGGGCAUAAAUUUCUUAUACUGUUCCUUUACACUUUACAUUGAUUAUUUCUUAUUGUAAAAAUGAGAUAGCCGUUUAAUUACAUGUAAAUAUACCAUAAGCUAUGGUCUUGAAAAUUUUGUGGAAAAUGAAACUAAAGAAAAAC